UGCGACCAACGAUUGGACCAUUCAGACCAAACAAACUAGUAAAAAAUAAGGGAAACGGUUUUGAUGGUUUCUUUGUAAUAACUAACGACGUGCGACUAAUAUAUAAUUACGAAUUAACGAGGUCGAUAAUUUUUAUAUCAUUUUAUUUGGAACGACAUCGUUCUCUUUUGGCCAUCGUAUAAAGUGCUUUCACAGCCGCUCUGAUUCUCCUCUUUCGCUCAGCCUUAUCGCCGCUGUUUCGUCUUAAAUUCUUCAAGGGUUAGGCGUUCUUCUGUGGAUAAAAGUGGUUCAAAGAAGAUGAAUCAUUGCAACCUUCAGCAGAACGCCUUCAUGUCCUCCCAUGACGAGUCCAGAGGAUUUGUUGUUCCUGUCUCUUCUGUUGUUUGUCCUAAGCCCCGUCGCGUUAGCAUUCUCUCCAAUAACGUUAUUCAUCCGUUGAGAUCACAUUCUAGUCAACCAGGAGCAGCUGAUGUAUGUGAUUCUCAAGCCGGGGCAGAGCUUUUGGACAUCCUUCGUAGAAAGGAAGAAACAUUGUCUGGUGUAGCUUCAUCACCUCCAUUCUUCCUCGGGUCUCCCCCAAGCAGAGCAUCAAACCCGUUAGCUCAAGAUGCACGAUUUGGAGAUGAGAAGCUCAACCUUCUUUCACCCUCACUCUCAACAUUCCUCACAUCUCCUUCUCCAUCGCCAUCUCGUGUCAAAGGAGGGGGCUGUGGUGGUCGAGUGAAGUACGGGCUUAAACCGGCAGCUGUCAGAGUUGAAGGGUUCAACUGCUUAAACAGGGACCGCCAAAGCUCAAACAUAUCUGCCAUGGCUUAGAAGAAGAACAAAGAAGAAGGAACAGAGAUUCACAAAGUGUAAAUAAAAUCCUGAAUCAAGACUAUAUUUAUCUUUGAAGAUCAGUCUACAUCACCAGUUAAGCCUUUGACCACAGUUUUCUUUAACUUUGAGGUCAAUAUUUGUGUAUAUAUAUAUAACGGUAACAACAAAGAUGUGUUAUAUUGAGUCUCGUUGUAACAUAUUUUUUUUUUUCCCGUCUGGUAAAUUCAUUCAAAGUGAAAUACUCGUUUUGAUACACAAGCUGGCGGCAUAACAAGAAAGCCCCAGAAGCAAAAGCCCACAUGAAGGCAGCAUCUAAAACCCACGCAGGGGUGACUUACUAACAACUAAAACUGCAAAUAAACUCAUACGGCUAAUAACUACACAUGAGCAUUAAACAAAACAAUUCAACAGACUUUAGAAUCAAGCACAAGCCAAUGAUUGGGGAAAUAUCGUUGCUCUCCAUAGCCCAACACACGAUAACAUCCACCUCUUACAACCACACUGUGACUUACCGCUGCUGCUUACGCCCGCCAAACGAUAACGUCCAAGAACCUGAAACUUCAUAACCCGACAAGAGGGACCGCCAUUCGAUCAACACAACCUUCAGAUACGGAUGCGACGCACUCAUAUACGUCCGCUUAAUCCUAGAUAGAAGCCCAACCAAAAACCCACAACGACGAAGCCUUGCCAACUGAAAUUUUCGGGAUGUAUUCCCGGAUGAAAACCACACCGCACGGCAAGCAAUCACUGCACCCAUGAACUCUAAAAUAAAGUCUGCUAAAUCAACUGUUAAACUCCACGCAUAGCAAUAACCAAACCUUGAACUGAACGGCCAAAAUGGAGAUACGACCACCACAUACGCUAAUUCCGUUUCGAGACCAUACCACUUUAGACAAACCAAACACAACA